AUGGGCAGCCCCCGCUCGGCGCUGAGCUGCCUGCUGUUGCACUUGCUGGUUCUCUGCCUCCAAGCCCAGGAAGGCGUGGUGGUGCGUGGGGGUUGGGGGGGGGCGGCGGCGCUGGGCAGGGAGCUUGCUUCCCUGACUGGCCAGGAGUCCCAGGGUGUUUCCCAACAGCAUGUGAGGGAGCAGAGCCUGGUGACGGAUCAGCUCAGCCGCCGCCUCAUCCGGACCUACCAGCUCUACAGCCGCACCAGCGGGAAGCACGUGCAGGUCCUGGCCAACAAGCGCAUCAACGCCAUGGCAGAAGACGGGGACCCCUUCGCAAAGCUCAUUGUGGAGACAGAUACCUUUGGGAGCCGUGUUCGAGUUCGAGGAGCUGAGACUGGCCUCUACAUCUGCAUGAAUAAGAAGGGGAAGCUGAUCGCCAAGAGCAACGGCAAGGGCAAGGACUGCGUGUUCACGGAGAUCGUGCUGGAGAACAACUACACGGCCCUGCAGAACGCCAAGUACGAAGGCUGGUACAUGGCCUUCACACGCAAGGGCCGGCCCCGCAAGGGCUCCAAGACGCGGCAGCACCAGCGCGAGGUCCACUUCAUGAAGCGGCUGCCCCGCGGCCACCACACCACGGAGCAGAGCCUGCGCUUCGAGUUCCUCAACUACCCGCCCUUCACGCGCAGCCUGCGCGGCAGCCAGAGGACUUGGGCCCCGGAGCCCCGGUAG